AUGACCCAAGACGGCGGACUGGAACGACUAGUACGCAUGCUACACGACUAUUGCAUAUCCCCUACGCCCCCAGAGAACCCAGCCCUCAUCUACGGCCUGACCCCACCCAACUCCCGACCCCCCAAACCAGGCCCAACUCUAAACCCAACAUCGUUCGAUAAGCAUGCCGCCUACCGCUUCUCCCUCGCCUUCCAGUGUGUAGUAAAUAUCGGUGUUAGGGGGAGUGAACACAUCCGCAGUCGCGUGGUCCAAGCUGGCACGCUCGAUGUCGUCGGCUGCGUCCUCGAGGCAUGGCUCGCGAGCAAGGGGUUCGCUGUGGGCCCAAGCUCGAGUGCCACUGGGCUGCCUAGAGAGACGAAGGAGCAGAGGCAGGCACGGAAGGCGGCGCAGUUGGAGGCGAGACAGCGCGAAGAAGCCGCACAGCUCCAGCGGGCCCUGCAGCAGACGCAACAGCGCCUCCUGCGCCAUGAUAAUCGCACCCUAAGACCUAUUGACACUCGAUAUCGUGAUGAAGACGCGAUGGACGUCUCACCCAGCCCCUCGCCAAGUUCCUCCUCCCUGAUCGACCGCUCCUCCCAUUCCUCGACACCAGGCGCCAACAGCGACACCGACAUGUCUGCAGACGCCAGCAUGGCCACCACUCCCCUCGGCUCCGGCACACCAACAGGAUCAGUCGUCAUCCCCAACCGGGAUCGCUCAGGGACCGUAAUCGCACCUCCGACCAGACCCAGAGACACCGUCCCAACACCCACCACCGCGACAGCGCCACCAACCAUCUCCCACCACCACCACCGCACAGUGACGGCACGAACGCACCACUACCGCAGCAGCAACGCCUCGUCGACGGACACGUCCAGGCCUGAGACCGAGACUGAGGACGACGGCGAGCCCGACUCGAGUGCGGACGUGGAUAUGGACGAUGCGUCGAGGCAUGCGCAGGACUCGUCGGGGAACACGUCGACGACCUCCGUCUCGCCCUCCCCCGAACGCACACCGCACCACCGCACGAGGGUCGGCCGCCUCUCCAUCACCCGCCGGCCAGCGGGGCUCGUCGACCCACUCGCACACGCGCACGCGCCUGCUGCGCCGCCGCCCCCGCACGGUGCGCUCGGCCUGAACGCCGACGCGCAUAUCAUCAUCAACCAAGCCGGUGGCGGCGCGGCAGACGGGGGUGUCGGUGUAGGCGGGGUGGGCGAUGACGGCGAGGUGGGUGUGGUGGAUGGCCUCGUCUCGCUUGGGACCGUCGCGAAUGACGAUUUUGCGAUGGGUGCGCCGCCUGGUGCGCCUGGGGCUAUCACUGUCGCUGAACCGAAUGAUGCACGGCCCAUCCCGCAUCCUCACCCGCAUCCGCAUCCGCAUACGUUGAUUCUGGGAGGACAUGAUACUGGUGGUAGACGACGGAAUACGAGUUCGAAUGGUACGACGGGUGCUGGGGGUGCUAGUGCGAGUGGAAGCGGGAAUACCCACAACAAUAACCAGACGGUGGACGCACCGGAUGUAACCCCUCGCGCGGGGUUCAUCGGUCUCCCUGGUUCCGCAGAGUCGACGGGGACGCUGCGUGGUGGGCCCGUCCCGCUCCCUCCUCAUCCCGCGCCUUCGCCGAUUGCCCAUCAGCGCACGCUGAGGGCGAGGGGUGAUGGGCCUGGGCCGGUUGUGCGGAGUGGGAGUUCGUCGAUGACGGCGACUGCUCACCCUGCGACCAACGCCGGUGCUACUCAAACGACUGCUACCGCCAACACCAAUACGAAUAAUAACGCCAACGCCAACGCGAACCCCUCGAUCUCCAUAACCGCCUCCACCUCGCACAACGCCUCCAACAACAACAAUAACGCGCACUACAGGGAAGUAGAAUCCGGACCUUAUCGGGACGAGGAUGUCCUCUUGGGUUUACAGCUGCUCGCGUAUUUGAGCAAGUACCCGCAUGUGAGGCAGGCGUUUUAUAAGCCGAGGGUGACGUUUCAUCCUGCUAGUGUUGCUGUUGGGCGGAAUAGUGGGUCGGGGUCAGGUGCUGCGGGGUUGUCGUCUACCUCGGGGACUUCUGGGUUGGGAUCUGGAGGAGGGAGUGGAGUGGGAGGAGGGGGGAAGGAGAGGGAGAGGGAUAGGCAGAAGGAGAGGGAUAAAGAUGCGAAAGAGGGGAGUGGAGGAGGAGGAGGGUUCUUUAAAGCGUUUGCGCAGGCUGCGACUGGGAGUCGGGGGAAGGAGCGUGCUUCGUCUAGCGUUACUUCUUCGACAUCACAACACCCCUCCUCAUCCUCAGCACACGGGUCUUCUUCCCUCCACCCCUCCUCAUCAUCAUCACACCCCUCCUCCUCAUCUUCAAAAUCCACUAGCGCCCAUCCAACAACCCACCCCACGCCACACCCCCUCCGACAAACCAACGUCUUCUCCCUUGUCGAAAGGUUCACGUUCAAGCCUUCUACGACUGAGACUGAGUUGCCGAACCCACCUCCGAGGUUGCCGAAUGAGAUACAGUAUUGGGCUGGUGUUAUUAUGAGGAAUGCGUGUCGGAAGGAUGAUAGUCGGGGUGGGAUUCGGCAGUGUGCUAAUAUGCUCUGCGGCCGCUGGGAAUCCUACCCGCGCGAAUUCGCGAAAUGUAGGAGGUGUAGGAAGGCCAAGUAUUGUGGAAAAGAGUGUCAGAGUACGGCGUGGAGUGAGGGGCAUCGGUUUUGGUGUAGUGCGAAGGAUGCGGAGGAGGAGGGGGUUGGAGGGGCUUCUGGGGCGGGCGCGGGGACGAGUGCGGGUGCGGGUGGUGCUUCGGCGUCUGCUGCGCUUGGGAGGGCGGAGAGGGAAAGGGAGAGAGGGGAGAGGGAUAGAAGGGAGAGAGGAGAACGGACGGAUGGUGAUACGAGUGCGAGUGGACGGGAUGUUAGGAUUGGUGAUGCUGGUUUGGGCGGUGUUGGUGUUGGUGUUGGGAGGAGUGAGAGAAGGGAGCGGAGGGAGAGGGAACGUGAACGUGAACGCGAGAGGGAGAGGCGGGAGAGGGAACGCGAACGGAAUGAGUCUGCUUCCAAUUCCCAUCCCCAUUCCAAUCACAAUCACAAUCUCAAUCUCAAUUCCAACACGACGACGGGAGGACCGCAUUCGAAUUCUUCGGUGCCCUCGUCGCUUUCGGUCUCGACGUCCGCUGCGAUGAGGGCGUAUGGGGCGGGUGCGAGGGUUGGGAGGGGUGCGAGUGGGAGUGCGGGUGCGCGGGGAGGAACUGGUGGGUCGGUCAUCCCGAACGGCUCGGCGUCGGGCUCGGCGCCUAGUUUGAAUGGGUCUGUGGAGGGUGAUUCGAUGGUUCUCGGGUGA